AUGAAUUCUCAUUUAUAAAUCAAGAGAGAAAACUUUAUGGUCCAAAUAAGAAAACAAGCACGAGAAGAAAUCUUUUCUAAAAAAAGACAUACAAGUAUUAACCAAGAAGAAGAUUUCUCAUAAAAAUAUAAUCCUGAUGAAACUAUUAAUUUUAUAUAUUAGACUUAUUUGGAGUAAGAUUUUAAACAUCUGACUAAGUUGUUAUAAUAAUACAAUCAUAAUUAUUUUAAAUUGUUGUAAUAAGGUGAUUAAUACGAUAUCGUUAUUUUGGAUCAAUUUAUUACUCAUUUUACUACUAAUCUUAAUAGUUUAAAAAUAUUUUUGGAUAUCAUAUAGAUGAAUAACAUUCCAUAUGAAUUCAAUUUAACUUUAGAAAGGUUAAUGUGUAUUUAGCAAGUAUUAGUAAUCUUCAUUAAUUUUACAUAUUUGGAUCGUAAAGAUAUUAUUGAAAAUUUAUUGAACAAUGAUUUAAUGAAUAUACUUUUGAAAGGUUUGAUAGGCAGAAUAGUAUAGUCUAAUAAAAUUCAGAUUCAUUUUGAUAAAUGGUGUGAGAUUAUUGAAAGUGUAAUCAAUCUUUACUAUGAAUUUUUCAGAUUUGCCAUAUUUUGAUUAAUAUCUAAUUUGAAUUGGAUAAUAGAAUGGUUUUGAUUUUUAGAGAGGAAAUACUGAAAUCAUAAUUAUUUAGAAUUUGGUCUAAAUUAUAUCCAAGAAAUCCGAUAACAAAGACAUGGAAGGCCAUCCUACUUUUAGAAUGUAUAUUAUUAGAAUCAAAUGAAAUUGAUCUCAUUGAUAUUCCUCAUUACAAUGUAUUCUUUAAUCAUAAUUAUAUAGUUUAAUUGUAUCAUUUCACAAUGUACAUUUUUAAUUGAUAAAGUUUAAAUAGAUGAUGAAAGUCUCUAUAGUAGAGUAUUUGAUAUCUUAUAAAAAAUGUCUGAAUUCAAAAUUACAUCUGCUCUAACAUUAACAUUAACUAAAUUUACUUGGGAGAAGAUUUUAAAAUUAAAUCUAUUCCCCUGUAAGGUCUUUUCAAUAUUUACUAAUUUUCUUGCAGAAAAAGAUGAUGAUCAUUACAUCCUUUAAUAUUUGAUUGAUAUUGGAUUAAUUGAAUAAAUGAUCAAUCAUAUGCAAAAUCUGGGAGAUGAAUUUCUAAUUGAAAAGAUAUAUAAAUGUCUUAAUAAUAUUCUUUUUUAUCCUUAAGCUUUUAUUGUUCAGAAAACAAUAACAAUUUUCUUACCAUUCCUUCAUAAUUAUUUUAAUCAAUACUCAAUUGUUAAAUAAGAAAUCUAUGUGGAAUACUUGUAUCUAUUUUAAAAUCUUAUAAAUUAUUAACACUUAUCAGAUCAUCAUUUGAACGAGAUCUUAAUUAAUUUGGAUUGUUUAAAAUAAAUUAGCGAAAUGUAAAAGUUGUAUUAUUAAAUAUAGGUUACUCUAAUGUAGUUACUUAACUAAAUAAAUAGCAGAAUUGUUUACAAUUUUUAAUAAAUUGCCAGACUAAUUUAAAUUAGUUAUUCUAUAAAAAGUGGAUCGAUAUGACUUUAUAGAGAUUCUAAAUAAAUAAGCAACCACAAUAAAAAAUAAAGAUGAUGGGUGUAUUAAUUUAAUAUUGAAUUUAAUUCACUUAUGGGAACAAAAUGAUUUUGAAUUAAAUAUUACUUGA